AUGGAGGAGAGCAGGAGAGCCCACAUUGCUGUUGUUGGCUGGGCAUGCACAACCUUGUGUUUGGUCUCCUAUGUGGCCGCCUUCUCACACGGUGCAAGCCUUUCUGCCUGCACCGACAUGAUGCCCAGGCACCUGAGAGCACAGCUGCACAGCCCAAACAACUACGUUACUGUCCACACCAACAUGUCCUUCUACUUCCCAGGCGACAAGGUUCCAGUGACAGUGAGGAGCACUAGGGAUUUUAUGGGCUUUUUGCUUCAAGCUCGCAAAGUGUCUAAUGAUGAAAUUGCUGGCACAUUCAUCUUCAUCCCUCCUGGUUCCAAGCUGCUGACUUGUUUUGAAGAUGGUGACACCGUCACCCACUCAGACAAGUCACUGAAGAGAAACCUGUCCUUUGUAUGGAAAGCACCAGACCAACCCAUUGGAGACAUCAAGUUUUUCAUCUCUGUAGUCCAGUCGUACUUUGUUUACUGGGCAAAGAUUGAAUCUGCUGUUGUGGCUCAGCGAGGGCAAAACAAAAUGCCUGCUGGCAGUGGCAAGAAGCCAGACUCUGUAACUCCUGCAUCUCCUGCAACUCCGUCGCAGGGACCAGCUGACACACACCCCACAGCUCCCACCUCUCCCGCGGCUGCCACCGGCUUCCCGCUGCACACCACCCUGCCUCCUGCCAACACCACCAGCACUGCAGCAGCGCCGGUACCGGAGCCAGGAUUUGGUUCUGGGUCAGAUGCCCAGCCCAUUGCUGAGCCGAAGCAGCUGGCCCGGCCCUCGCGGGCUGUGUCCGGUGGGAGCAGUGGGUCCAGCAGCCAGCGGUUGGAGCCGUCUCUCCCCACCCGAGACCCUGGCACUGCGGCUGCCAGACAAGAUCUCCUCUCCCAGGACAAUGCCUCCAGCUACAGCACUUCCAAUGGGGCAGGAAGCACUGCCAGCGCUGCCACGCCACGCUUGUGUUUGAUGUGUAAAGAAGACAGGCAGACCAAUACCAAGAGUGGGGCCAUCUUGGAAGCCUCCCCACGUGUGACAGCAUCUCCUUCUGCCCCACACAUACACACUCACCUGGGUGAUGCUGCUGUGACAACAGCCUGGUUUGACGAUACUGAUGCUGCCAGCAAUUUGUCAUCGGCUUCAAGGCAAAUGGCAGAGAGAAAGCUGGCACUGCAGCCAGAGGAGGCAGGCGCCAGGGGCAACGAGGAGGAGGAGGAGGAGCAAGUGGUUGGGAAUACCCUGCCAUGGGUGACCAGACCAGCUCCCGAGUCUGCUGUUCCGGGGAAGGGGGAAGACCCUGGCAGAGGGACCCGGCUCCUAGCAGCCCAGCUCGGCAUCCUCCUGGUCUGCACUGCCGCCCUGGGCCUGGCGCUGGCAGCUGCCCUGCGCUGUGUCUGUGCCCAGCACUGCCACAAGCGGACGGAGGUCUCCUUCAGUGAGCCAGACCCCAAUGUCAUCACUGUCAGGGAAAACGGGGAGGUGAUGCACUUCCGAAAGAUCCGGGAGAACAGCUUCGUGCUGGUGCAAGCCGAGUACAACUGGGUCAGCCCCUCAAGCAGCGGGAAGAAGACAAUCAUCUGAACAUCUGCAACGCCAAAAGCAGAGCUUCAGCGGCCGGUGUAGGUGAAAAUAGCCCAUGCUGCACAGCACAGGUUAUAGGAAGCAGUGGUGUAGUUCCUUUAUGUGCUGCCGUAGAGGUAGACAAACUUGAAGCAG